UUCACUCUCACCAACGCCACCGGACAGGGCUUAGUGCGACGUGCAGAACGUCUUGUUCUUUUUCCGACCUCCAAUCGACUAUACACCACAUCAUCUACGCUCGACUCCAAACAACACGUCUACAUUUCACCAUGGCGGACGAGGAUAUCGAUGCCCAGCUCGCAGGUCUCGGCAAGGAACUUGACAAGGACGCUGAGAUAGACCGCAUCCGCAGCGUCUUCAGUCUCGACGCCUACGCCGUCCUCGGCCUGCAACCCGGUGUCCCCGAAUCCGACAUCAAGAAAGUCUACCGCGCCAAAUCCCUCCUCAUCCAUCCCGACAAGACCAAGAACGAGCUCGCCCCCGAUGCCUUCGACCGCCUCAAGAAAGCCCAGACCGUCCUCCUCGACGAGAAGCUGCGCGCCGAACUGGACGAGAACAUUGCCGAUGCGCGCAUGCUGCUCAUGCGGGAGAAGAAGCUCACAGCCGACGAUGAAGAGACACGUGGUGAGGAGUUUGCAAAAGAGUGGAGGCAAAAGGUCAUCUGGGUGAUUCGAGACAACGAAAUGAGGAAGCAGAGGCAACAGAAGGCUGCGAUGAGAGAAGAGGGACGUGCACAGAGGAAGGAAGAUGAGGAGAUCAAGGAGCGCAAGAGGAAAAGGGAGCAAGACGAAGCAUGGGAGAAGACCAGGGAUACGCGCAUCAACAGCUGGAGGGAGUUUGCACAGGGAAAGAAACCAGAGGCCGCUGAUGGUACAAAGAAGAAGAAGAAGGUCAAGGCUCUGGGAUGAGCGUCUCCAGUGCCUCUCCCGUAUCCGGCAUUCUAGAGUCGCUGUCCCAGAGGCGGUAGCGAUUACAGAUGCCCAGAGUCCAGCGCUCUGCUGCAUGCGCCCGGUUAUCUCGAAGGUCAGCAGCCGGCAACCUUCACCCAUACUUUCAUAACCAAGAUACCCAUUUGUUCUUACCACUGCAUACACAAUAAACACCCUGCACUAUUCACCUCAAUCUGCGCACGUCAUGUUGAAUGAAUCUCGCCCCCAACGUCCUCAUCUCGGCUGCCACCCUAUCUCGCAUUCCGCCUCGCCUGGUAGGUUGGAAUGCGCGAACAGCGUGUUCGUCGCCAGCAUUAAGGUUUCGCCAAACUGCAGUAGCUGUUUCACAUAUCGAGACUUAUAGCACUACAAGCGCCACGGGCCGUGGAUCUACAUGCUCUGGACAACCUCAUUUCACAUUGCACUUUGAUCGGAUACUCUGGACAAGGAGAAUA